UGGGUCACGCCCCCUUGACGUCAGCGUUAUUCUGAAAAUGGCUGAGUCGGAAGAGGAGGUGGACGUUUUGGUUCAAAGAGUUAUGAAAGAUAUUAAUAACGCGUUUAAGAGAAACCCUAACAUUGAUGAGAUUGGACUCAUCCCCUGUCCGGAAGCCAGGUUCAACAGGAGCCCCAUUGUCCUGGUGGAGAACAAGCUGGGAGUGGAGAGCUGGUGUGUGAAGUUCCUCCUGCCCUACGUCCACAACAAGCUGCUUCUCUACAGACAGAGGAAACAGUGGCUUGACAGGGAAGCGCUUAUAGACGUCACCUGCACGUUGCUGCUGCUAAAUCCAGAUUUCACCACUGCUUGGAAUGUCAGGAAGGAGUUGCUACAGUGUGGGGUGCUGUCUCCUGAGAAGGACCUCUACCUGGGGAAGCUCGCUCUGACCAAGUUCCCCAAGAGUCCAGAGACAUGGAUCCACAGGCGCUGGGUUCUGCAGCGGCUCCAGAGGGAGUUCUGCCCUGUUGUUGGCGAGCAGAAGGAGCAGGCAGACGGCGAGCGCGGGGACGGGGAGGCCACAUGCCACAACGAGCGACUGCGCCGGCUCCUGCAGGAGGAGAUGCGCGUGUGCGCAGACGCAGCAGGACGUUACCCCAGCAACUACAACGCGUGGUCCCACCGCAUCUGGGUGCUGCAGCACUUAGCCAAAGGAAACCUGAAGAUACUGCAUGACGAGCUGUCCUCCAUGAGACUGUGGGUGUCGAUGCACGUGUCUGACCACAGCGGCUUUCACUACCGCCAGUUCCUGCUGAAGGCCCUGGUCAGGGAGCUCAGCCAGAGCCAGAGUCCCAGCCAGCAGACUCAGUCCCCAGCCUCGUCACCCCUGCUCCCCUCCUCCUCCUCCCCGCCGCCACCCCCACAGCGCUCCCCUGCCGACUCGCCUCCGCAGUCCAACGGUGAGGCCUCCACCACGGCCACGGCCCCCGAGGCCCACGGAGCCCCCACCACGUUCUCCCAGCUCUUACAUGACGAGAUGGAGCUGUGCACCGACCUGAUCGAGUCGUACCCUGGUCACGAGACGCUGUGGUGUCACAGGCGGCAUGUCUUCUACCUCUGGCACCACUGGAAGCAGGAGUGUGAUCUCGGCCAGGCCAACGGGGGCUCGCCCAACCUCCUCAACCACGCCCAGGAGCCUCCCGCAUCCUCCCAUCCACUGCUCCACUGCCCUGAGGAGGCAGUGAUGGCGAGUGCCAACGGCCAGCACACGGACAUGGAGGUAGACGCGAAGGCUGCGGCAGAGACCUGCUCGCUCUCAGACGGUGUGCAGCAGGGCGGCGGUGGUGGUGGCGGCGGCGGCUGUUACGUGCGGGACACCAAGCGGCUGAAGCGAGGACCCACGCCGCCCUGCCCUGCGCCCAGCUUGUCAGCAGAGGACGCUUUCGUCAGCCGCAUUCUGGCAUCCUGCCGGAGCCCCGAGCAGCACCGCUUCGCUUCUGCCUACAGGAAGUGGCUGGACUCUGUCAUAGGUCAGUAGCCUCUCGCAGAAAAGAAAACGACAAGGAAAAGGCUUCCCCAGGCUUUCAAUGACUCCCUGCCACGGCACCUCGUACACAUGAGGUGGUCUGGAGGGAGGAGGGAGAGAUCUCUGUGGUAGGUCAGAGACAGGUCAUCUUCACCUCAUUUAAUUCACCCAGUGAAAGGAAAACACAAACAACAGCCGGACCUUUGUUUUUGUUUUUUAAACUGAGAGCUGUUUGGAGCAUAUUCCCCUUUUCUCUAUGAAAACCCAUGGCCCCUUUUAUUUAUUUAUUAUUUUCUUCCUGUUCUUUUCUCUUUUUGUUUUGAAUAAUCAUCUCAAAGGUCAGAAGUGGUGUGUGCCUCCCUCAGUUUUGGUGCUGUCAAUCUCAGGUCUGUUUCAGCAUAAUGCAAUGGUUUAUUUUAUUCAUUCUUUUGGUCAUUAUCAUUAUUUUGUUUUGUUUUUGUUUUUUGGCGGGGGGUGGGGUGGUGCUUGUUCAUUGAAGCAUUUCUACAUCUAUUCUUUUACGUCUUCCACUUGAAAUGAAAGAAACAGCUGUAGCAGAUUCCUUUCGAUGCUGCCAUCCAUUUUUAUUCCUGACUCCCUGACUGAAUUGGAACAGACUUAAGUGCUGCGUACUGCUACCUUGCGUUUCUGCGACUGUGCAUAGACAUGAACAAAACAUUCUGACAUUUCGCCACAGUCAGGAACUAGUAAGCACAAUCAGUUGACACUUUUGGAGGAAAUAGUUGAACACAGACACACAAAAAAGGAAGAAAGGCUAAGCAGACAGGAUGCCUUCGUAGUUUCAACCUUUGCUUUAGUAAGCAUGCAGUUUGGAUCUUGUGUCUUCAGAGCGACAAUAGCAAUGGCGUAAUAGCUGUGGUAGCUACAGGCCGCGGAGGUCAGCCGAUGCACACCCUUAACGGGUAAAGGCAGUCAGGGCUCCUUUUUUCCCCUUCACUGUCACUUGAGCUCCUUCGGUUUAUGGCUUGUUUGAGAAGCAGGGUGUAGGUGACGGGGGGGCUGAAACCCCCUAGAGGGGAACUUGAAGCACAAGUUGGCUAAGCGAUCACAGGACUCCAUCCUUAGCCUGCCAUGGGUGUCCAGUCUGAAGGAGGAGCGUGCUAAGUGUCAGAGCUUUCACCAUCAACCCACCCCAGCCCCACCAAUCAACCUCCCCUCGAACCCUCAAGCUUUUGUCACUCAUAUGGCCUUAGCCCACAGUAUGACAUUUCCAUCUUUCCUUCUUUGGUUUUUAGCACAUCAAAGACAUGGCCAUUGAAUCCCCUUCCCUUUGUGUGUAGAUGCUGCUGCCUUUGGUGGUCUCCUGUAAAACACUAUCGCCCAGGAAGCUCUUAGUUCGGCUAUAUUUAUGCAACGUUAAAUGAGGAAGGAGUGAAGACCGCUUUUACCCAUGCUAUUUUUUAGCUAUAUUCCAUUAUUUUUCUAUUGUGGAGCUGAUCAACUAUGGUCCUAACCAUCAUCAGUACCAGUAUUGUCUGGGUGUUCAAAUCCAUUAGAGCUCUUAAUAAAUGUUUGACUUGAAUUGGGUUGCAUCAUCAUAGAAUAAUACAUUGAUUUGAAUUGUCUUGAAAACGUUUGGUGGUUACAAUAAUAGUAUAAUUGUAUAUUGUAAGUUAUAAAGCGUUAGAUAUUCCAAGUGUUUUUAAAACCAGGACUGCCGCACUACUGUUUUGUAUAAAGCCAAUCAAUUAGUGACAGACACUUUUGUAUGUCAAGAAACAAAAUGCCCAUCCUGUUCUCUUUAAAAGCAUAUCUAUAGCUAACAUGUCUCUGUGAGGUACACACAGUUUGCAGAUUUUUUUGUGUGUAAUAUAUACACACCCAUUUUGUCUUCACAUUCAUUUUUUUUAAGAAUGGGAGUAUAUUAUAAAUAUAUAUUUGCACAGUUGCACAAACUACAAUAUACAUGCACAUUAUUUAUGGUAACACAUUCACAACUAUGUAUUUUCUGUAGUGAUCAAGUUACUUUAAGAGAACUAGUUCAUUUUGAACGUGUGCUCUUUAUCUUUUCCUUCUGACGGUGGCUGUUUUAAUUGCGCUGACAUAUUGUCAUAUUCGACUACUAUUGCGCAAGUGAGCAGUGAUCUCUGUGUUCUGGUCAGAUGUGGCGGCACAUCUCAUUGGUACAUACGACUUUUGGGUGGAACACAAGGCAUAUGUGUGGGUUAAACACAGACUUCCAGUAGUUCACAGGCGACCUCAGAUAUGAGAUUAGGUUUGCUGUGAAAAAAGCUUUUUUCACUUUUGAGGUGUCACUUGUGACACACAAUUUUAGACAAAGUUGCGAUGUAUUUAAAAAAAAAAAAUAGAUGUGCCAUUUGGAAUUUUGAGUUUCACAUAGAGCUGCUCGUGCGAAGGAGAACAUUUUAAUUCUGAAGUACUCAAGUAGUGAAGCUCCCAGCAGACCUUGACAACUGUUGAAAGUUUGUGUCACUGACCAGAGUGCCCAAAGGAUGCCUUUGAUGUGUAGUAGAGUUGAUGGACAUCCCUCUCUGUGAGUCUCGUCUAAAGAAUCUUUGUGACAUAACUCAAGUCACGCAUAAGUUUGAUUGGUGUUCCCCCUGAUGAAGGCUACACCUGAACGCUAAUUCUGUCUCAAAAGUGCUAGUGGCAUUUUGCCUAAGACGGAUAUCUGUAUUCUUUGAUCUCUGGCAUGUCACAAGACUUUCGGCAGAGGUCACACGUGCUUAAGUCUUGGCCCUACCACGUUUGAUGGUUUUACUCUAUUAUCUGUCCCUUGAAAUUGUCAAAUACUUUUCAAGUGAUUCAUCUCUUCCUCGUUCUCCUUUUCUGUGUCUGGUGAUUUGGUGAUCAGUGUGGUCGUAUCGCGCACUUUGAGAAUCCUCAGGCCAUGUCUGACACGUUUAUUUUCAUCCCUCCUCAAACUUUGAAGUCACUCCUCUGCUAAAAGGCACUGAUUUCUAAGUGUCAAAUGCAAACAUCAGAACAUGACAUCUAUACUUUGAAAUAUGUAUCUACUAAAAAAAAAGAGAAUACUAAAAGAAGUAUUUCUUAUAUAACACCAUGCACUGAGAACAAAAGGACAAACAACUGGCGUCUUGCCUCUGAGACACCUUCCCACACUACAAAUGCCAACUGUCAGCUGAGAUCAGGCCGCCGUGAGGUCAGGGGCUGUUAAGGACAUGCUCGUUUUUCAUCAGAUCUUUGUCCCUCUCUGGCACGUCACUGGAGGGGUUUUAACCAACGCUUCAGAUAGCCAACCACUGUGUUAACCACCACGGCCAUGUAUCCAACCAAGGUCGUCUAACUGAGUCUUAUUCUUGUCCGUGUGUUGGAACCACAGCUCCCAUUUUGUGUUCUUUGUCUUAUCCUAUGAGGGCUUCCACCUAAACCAGGGUAUACUUUAGUAAUAAAUCAAUAAAUAAACAAAUAUGAAGUGUAACUUAAGAUUUUUUGAAGUUAAUUAUGUUUAUAUUAUUACUUAUACUGACUGUGUCUUAAGUGUUUUUCCUGUGUUGCCACCUUUAUAAUACACAUCCAUAAUCCUCUGUUGGAUAAAUGUUAUUGUAUUGCAUACCAUAGAUGAAUAUGUAUAAAUGAUACAUCUAUGCAGACAACUUCUGAAUUAAGGUUCAUUGAGCUUUCAGAACUAAAAGUAGCUUUGAUUAUUCUAGAUUUGCUGCAUCUUCAUUUCUGUUGAUCUAGUCAGGUACGGUACUGUAACAUACAACUGACUGGUCUGCAAAGGCUAUACUAAGAACGUCUCUCAUGACUCACUUUCAUAUUUAUUCAUAUUAAGUCUUCUAUUUAUUUGAAUAAUACCGUUUUUAGCUCCUGUGUUCACCAGGAUAGAUAUAUUUUGUCGGCUUCUCACCAUGUGAAAUAAAAGUUUUUGAAAACAAA